AUGAGUUCGACAGCCUGGAACGGGCAAGACCAGACAAUGGCUUCAGCCGGCGAUGAAGACUUUCACCAGUUUCUCGACAUGAGCAGUAUGGGAACUCUGGGCGAUGGCAUGCACUUCGAUUUCCAAUCUUUCCAGGAUGGCUCAUCGCAGGGACUAAUGAAUCAAUCGCGCGAUGUCCCCGACACAAUAAUGACCGACAGCGACAACCCAGGCUUGUUGGCUACGGCUGGCGCAAUGCCAAUGUCGACAUCUGCUGGUCAACCAACGAUCCCAGCCCAUAUGAUGACACCUGCGAGCGAUCCCAUCUCCAACAUUGACGCCCAAAUUCAGUAUCUUCAGCAGCAGAAGUUUCAACAACAGCAGCGCCAACUGCAGGAGCAGCAAGCUGCCUUCUUCCACAACCACAACCACUCAGUACCUCCGACACCGCAAAGUCUUGAGAUGCCCAACAGCGGACACUUCUACUCCCAGGCAGAGCAGAUCACUACCACUGGUGCUUACGAUAGAGGCUAUCAUCAGCGCACGAAGGAGCAAGAUAUGGCCUUCACACCUCUAGUCUCACCUGCAGUGACACCUCUAGAUCCCAAUUUCUCCAUGGAUAGCGGCUACACCAUUCCCAGCGCCUAUUUCAGCCCUCUGACUUCACCUGCUCUUCAUGCUCAGAAUGAGCCUUCAACUAUUUACGACCCGCGCCACACGAACACGAAUAACUCGCCGAUCGACGUGGACGAUAGAUCCGCUGCCCCUGUCACAUCAGUUUUGGAUCUGCCCAGGAAGCCUGUGAGGAAGAAGGCCGCUACGAAGUCGAGAGCAAAGGCUGGCAUUCGAAGUUCUCCCAUUGUAAAGCCCCAACGUCGGAAAGUGGGACCUAGUCCUGCGAUUGUCUCACAGGUGCUCAGUGAGGUCGAGGAGAACAACAGCUCUUUUCUUCCCAUGUCUGCAACCUCUACUGAGACCUCCGCAGAGGAGAAUUCUUCGGUGUCUCCAGAGGCACUCUCAGAAAUGCCCCCACCUCCCAUCCCCAACAGGAGGUCAACAAGCAAAUCGCCAUACAUUCAAGCACAGUCGAGCAGUCAGCAAACACCCGUUCCGGGUCCUGUGGACUUAAAUCUCGCUCCAGCUACACCAGCUUCGCUAAUGAAACUGCCGGCAUCCAGGGCCAACAAGCAGGCUGCAGGACAUCAAGAACCGGUUGUUUCUGAUCACAUCGAGUCACUCGAGUUGCCCGAAUCGGUAUCCAGCAAGACUAUGACACCCGUCAUCUCACGCUCUACGGUUCAGUCGCCCAUUGUGGAAGCUGGUGCUGGAAAGGCGUCUGCUUUCCAGCCUUUGCCAUCUCCUAUAUUCCUCCGCCACGCUUCUGCAAGCGCAAGCCCUCAGUUGGCACCCGGAUCAACAGGGCCAUCCGCACGAAAAACUCCUCAGCUCGCACCUCGGUCAAGUCGGAAGAGGUCUGUGAGUUCUGUUCAGGUCUCGCCUGCCCUAUUGCCGAGAAUAUCCCCUAGCAUUAAGCCUCUGCUACCUGGUACGCCUGGUAUGACACCAGCGGAGAGUGCUGCUUCUCAACUACUAAUGUCUAAAUCCAACUACCAAAACAUACUGGAGGGUAACAAGGUGCCGGGCGUUUCAUACCCAAGCGAACUUUCGACCAACCUCACAUCGAAACGAACAUCACACAAGAUUGCAGAGCAAGGGCGCCGCAACCGAAUCAACUCAGCGUUGCAGGUCAUGGCCGGUCUGUUGCCUGGAGGCGAAAAAGCAAACCUGACGGACGAAGGCGACAAGAAGGACGGAAAGCAAGCGAAUGCGCAAAACAGCAAGGCAAGCGUCGUUGAGAACGCUAUUGUACACAUGAAGAGCCUGGAGAAAGAGAAUGUGGACCUGAAGAAGGAGGUUGAGGAAUUAAAAAAGCGGUUGGAAGGAUUGCAAGGGUCGGCGGAAGAUAAGUAA